AUGCUGAUUAUCGGCGGCGGCGUGAUCGGUACCAGUGUGGCCUUCCAUCUGGCCAAGCUCGGGUGGACCGACGUGGUCCUGUUGGAGCAGGGCACCCUGGGCUGUGGCACGACGUGGCACGCGGCAGGUCUGAUCGGGCAGCUUCGAGCCAACGAGACCGAGACCAAGCUCAGUCGCUACGGCAUACAACUCUAUGCCGACCUGGAAAAGGAGACCGGCCAGGGCACGGGCUGGAAGCAGUGCGGCGGCGUGACUGUCGCGCGCACGCAAGAGAGGAUGACGCACAUCAAGCGGACCUUGUCUCGCAUGCGGGCGUUCGGCAUCGAGGGUCACCUCGUCUCUCCCGAGGAGGCCAAGAAGCACUGGCCCCUCCUCUCCACCGAGGGCAUCACCGGCGCGCUCUGGAUUCCUCACGAUGGCGUGUGUCUGAUCGACUUGGGCUCCCAGGCGACAUCGUCCGACAUCACGAGCGCGUUCGCUGCCGGGGCCAAGUCGAAGGGUGUCAAGAUCAUCGAGAACGUGCGCGUGACGGGGAUCCACAAGUCCGACAAACACGCGGUGACCGGCGUGAGCACGAGCGAGGGCGACAUCAAGUGCGAGUAUGUCGUCAACUGCGGAGGCAUGUGGGCCAAGCAGGUCGGCCGCCUGGCGGGAGUCAACGUGCCGCUUCACACCUGCGAGCACUUCUACAUCUCCACCAAGCCCAUCGACGGCGUUGAUUCCUACCUGCCCGUGUUGAGGGAUCCCGAUGGCUACAUCUACUUCCGCGAGUGGAGCGGCGGCAUCAUCAUGGGCGGCUUCGAACCCGUCGCCAAACCCUGCUUUGCCGAUGGUGUGCCGAAUGACUUCCAGUUCCAGCUGUUCGACGAGGACUGGGACCAUUUCUCCAUUCUCAUGAAGUACUCGCCUCCCCUCCUUUUCUCCACCGAAUUCCUCGCCCACGUUGCCUUCCCAAUUGACGUUUCGUUUGUCGACAGCUCGGCGCUGGAGCGGUGCCCCGCGCUGGAGACGGCCGAAGUGCGCCAACUGCUCAACGGCCCCGAGUCUUUCACGCCCGACAAUCAGUACAUAUUGGGCGAAGCGCCGGAGGUGAGGAACUUCUUCGUGGCGGCCGGGUUCAACUCGUCAGGCAUUGCCUCGGCUGCCGGCGCUGGCAAGGCCCUCUCCGAGUGGCUCAUCCAGGGCUAUCCGACGAUGGACCUGUGGUCGGUCGACAUCCGCCGCUUCGGCAAGUACCACGCCAACGAUAAUUUCCAAAAGCAGCGCUCCAUGGAAACCCUCGGGCUGCACUACCAGGCACAUGCUACACCACCACUACCGCAAUUCCUGCGUUUCCGGCCGGCCGCUCAGGGUUUCGGCAGCAAGAUGGGAUGGGAACGGCCCAACUACUUCCUGCCCUCCUCCGUGUCGCCCUCUUCCAUCAAGUGCGAGGAGCACAAGGCGACCCGCGACGAGGUGGCGCUGUUCGAUCAGACCUCGUUCGCCAAGUUCGUGGUCAAGGGCCGGCACGUCGAGUCGUUCAUGCAGCGUCUGUGCGCCAACGACGUGGCCGUACCGGUUGGCCGGGUCGUCUACACCCCCAUGCUCAACCCCCGCGGUGGCUACGAGACGGACUGCACGGUGACGCGCGUCAGCGAGGACUCCUACUUCGUCGUUUCGUCCACAGCGCAAGCUACGCGGGACUACGAUUGGAUCAGCCGCAACAUUCAAGAGGACGAGGAAGUGAGCAUCGUCGACGUGUCGCCCCAGUACUCCACCCUAUCGCUCAUGGGACCCAAGUCGCGCGAGCUCCUCUCGCGUGUCAUCGCAGACCGCGACCUCUCCAACGAGGAGGUGCCCCUGGGCAUCACGCAGGUGCGGGCCAGUCGCAUCACCUAUGUGGGCGAGCUCGGCUGGGAGCUCUACGUGCCCAUCGAGUCCACCCUCCUGGUCUACGAUUUGCUGCACGCCAAGGCCAACGAGGGCACGCGCAUCGGGCUGCGCGAUGCGGGCUACUACGCGAUCGACGGGCUGCGCCUGGAGAAGGGCUACCGCGCAUGGGGCAGCGACAUCACGCCCGAUGAUACGCCACUCGAGGCCGGACUCGGCUUUGCCGUGGACCUCAAGAACGAGACGAAGAAUUUCCUCGGCAAGGACGUGCUGCUGAGGCAGAAGAAGGAGGGUCUCGAGAAGAGGCUCGCUGUGUUUGUGAUCGACAACGACCAGGAGGUCUAUCCUCACGGCGGCGAACCCAUCUUCAGAGACGGGCAAGUGUGUGGCUACCUGACGUCGGUGGCCUACGGUCACACGGUGGGCCGAAGCGUGGGCCUGGGCUACGUGCGCAAACUGGCGAACACGGCGACCAAAGAGGACCGGCUGGUGACGCCCGACUGGGUCAAGGCCGGGCGCUACGAGGUCGAGGUGGCCUCCAAGAGGGUGCCCGCCUCCGUCUCCCUCCAGCCGCCCUUCGAUCCCAAGAACGAGAGGGUGCGCAUGUGA